UUUUUGAUUCCAAAUCCGUAAUAUUAAAUAUUUUUUUGUAUUUCAACGAUAGGUGGAGGAAUAUUAUCAAACAUUACAGGGCGCAGCUGCAAUGCGUUAUGUUGCGAAAAUACAGCUUGUUAGUGGGGUAGACCCGUAUAAGUUAAAACUUAACGAUAUGGACACAAAUCCUAAAUCACUUCCUUCCGUGGAUUAUCCAGACAUAGUAAAUUAUUGCGUCUACACAAAAAGUGCCUAUACAAUGGAUGAAUUGAAAUCUUACAAAUCUCUGGAUGCAUACCACCAGUUCGUCAGCGGUUGGGUUUCUGAUUUGGGAAGCUAUGUUGUGAAUAACCGCGUCAUUGUUAAAAGCAAGGUGAGACACUCUCAGAGUAUCAGCAAGGCACCACUACAACCUUGGAUUAUUGCAGAAAAGAGUAAAAAUAUUUUAGCUGCACACUGCAACUGUAUGGCAGGCUUGGCUGAAACAUUUACUCAUGUCAGUGCCACGCUCUUUGCAAUUGAUGCUUCUGUGCGCUUAGAAAAGAGCCGAACUGUUACUGAAGAAGCGGCAUAUUGGAUGUUACCAUCAAAUGUAAAGGAAGUAAAAUAUUCUAAGCUAAAAGACAUUAAUUUUACAUCGGCAACAAACAUGAAAAGAAUUCUUGAUAGUAAAUUAUCUCAGACACCUGUUAGACAAUAUCAAUUGCUGCCUCUUCCGUUUGUAGAACCACCCAACGCUACGGAAAUGAUCAAUUUUUUUCGAAUUCUGCAUGACACUGGUGUUAAACCAAGUAUUCUGUCAAUAGUACCUGUCUUUGUUGAAUCUUACGUUCCUAGGUUUUCAUCUUCCUUGUACCCCUGGGUUUGUGUAGACCUAGAAAAGAACGGUUCGAGAGCACAACGUUCCAUACUUGAAAAAGUUAGUACUACUACAUCAGUUGGUGAAGCCGCUAUUUCCACUGCAAUGGUUACUGAAGACAUUGAUUUCAACAUUGGAUAAUUCUGUUUUUGUCAAACACCCUCAACAAAGAAAAGAAGAAAUUUAAGAAAAGAAGUUAAAAGUAAUUUAAAAGAAAAAAACUAAAACUAAGAAAAAAAACAAUUUUUCACAUUAAUAUAAGAUAAUUAUAAGCAGUGAUAAUUAUAAGUGAGCAGAGCAUAUUUUUGAGAACUUGGUUGGUUUUUUUUGUCUAUUAACUGCUGCAAUCCACUCGCAGCGCCUCUUAGCUGACAACUCUAGCGUUUUAUUAUCUUGAUGUUUUAUAAUAGCGGGGAAGCUAUGGAAAGACAUCUUGUCACGGUCAGCUCUACUUUAGCAACCGUUAACAAAACAAGUACUUGGCAUAGUUUUGCUGUUGAAGAUGAAAUAAUUUAUUUAAGGUAGUUUCUAUGGCAAAAAAAAAAAACAAUAUUUUC